AAAUGUUCGAAAAUUUGUGUGCAGGAAUUUUUAAAAUGUUAGUUUUUCUGAAUUUUUUUGAUUCGGUUGAUUGUCGCAAUCCGUCACGUCUGUUUGCUUUGUUUACGUCACUAUGGGCGGUUCUUCUGAUCCACACAACGGCUGGACAAGCUACGUCAUCAUGCCAAUGCCAAGUUAAUGUUUCUUACAGAAGACUUUGUACCUCGGUAACUGGUCUUACUAAUCAGGCAACGUGCGAACAAGCUGGUUGUUGCUACGAUUCUAGAUCAUUUCCAAUCAUUUUUGGACUUUACUCGCCACGGUGUUUCGAAGCAACAGGUGGUCCUUGUGUGAGUCAAAAGUGCACAAUUCCAACUUCCAUGCGAAGGAAUUGUGGAUACUAUUACCGGUAUGCUUGUGAGCGGAUUGGUUGUUGUUUCGAUAGUUCUCAAGCACCCUCUUGCUACAUUGCGCAAACAGCUUCGACUCCAACAACGGCUACAACGCCAACGGCGGUGACCAUCGGCAGAACAAGCAUGCAUGGCUGGUCUCAAUGGUUAGCUUGGUCAACGUGUACGUCUACUUGUGGCAGAGGUGUAAGACGAAGAGCAAGAUUCUGCUCGUAUUUACGUUCUGGUAGAGAGGUUGAUAUGCACUUUUGUGGCCGAAGGGUCGAAGCGGCUCAGUCGGAAUUUUGCAACACUGCGCUUUGCUCGGCUUGGAGCAGCUGGUCAAGAACCGGAACCUGUUCUGUUACCUGCGGCAAUGGAGGAAGUAUUGCCACAGAAAGGCGGUGCAUUGGAAUUGGAAACCCAGGGUCCAGUUCUUGCGUUCGUAAGGAAACGUCAUGUGGCGCUGCGCUUGCUUGCCCGACAACUAUUACUGCUUGGAGUGAUUGGACGGCCUGGACAGACUGUUCCACAGGAGGUUGUUCACCAGGACGGCGGUCAAGGUAUCGUCGUUGUAAACAAGCGGAAAGCGACGUGAACCUGGUUCUAUGCAUUGAUGAUUCUUUCAAGUAUCUUCUGCCGUUGUCGUACUACGCAUCUUAUUAUUCACAACAAGAAAACUGCAACAACUACAUGUGCACUGCCUGGACAACCUGGACGGCUUACGGCGCUUGCCCGAGUUCGUGCCGAUCAAGUUUCGGUGACACACCACAAAGAAUAUCCAGACGAGAAUGCGUGACCGAUACCUUUGCUCGGCCUCAAAACGUCGAGGAACGCGACUUUUUUACACAAUGUAGCAAUCGAUUCGUUGACUGCGUUUUGCCAAUUUGCUCUCAACAAACGACCGAGCUACCUUUCACACGACGAGUAACAGUACCUCAAACCAUUAUCUCAACAGUACCUUAUACUAUAAUGACCACCCCAUACCAAACUCAACCAGCUUACACGAGUACUUUGCCAACCGAGCUUCCAUAUACCACCAGCACAUUUCCGACCCAACCGGCUUCGACUUUACCUACAGAAGUUGCGUUUACGACCGUACCCACAAACCCCCCAACUACUUUUACUGACCCGCCGUCGACUACUCCGGUGGAAACAACUUUUCGACAAACAACUCAAGGUCCCCAGACCACGAUUCCACCAACACCAGCAACUACUUUAUUACCUGAUGCUCGUUGGUCCCCUUGGACAGGUUGGUCUCGCUGUUCCACUUCAUGCGGACCUGGGAUCCAACUAAGACUCCGUCAAUGUGUAGAUAGCAACAACAACAUGUUAAGCGGCCCCAGUUUGUGCGGUUCCGGUCCCUUAAUUGAAAAUGGAACUUGUAACGAGAAUUUGUGUGGAACGUGGGGAGAGUGGUCACCAUCCAAUUGCGUCGUGGACUGCUCGGCAACAACUACUAACCAAGGAUUCCAUCUUGGAAGUGUAAACCGGACAAGAGAGUGUGCAACAUCAAACACAGAUAAAGGGAUGCCCGAUUGUUACAUACACACAAGCUCGUGUCUUUCGGACGUUCAAUGCUCAGUUACCGUCACUACAGCAGAAUCCUCAACGGUACCGAACGUACCUGUGUUAGGGGAAUGGGGAGCGUGGAGCGAAUGUUCGAGUGAAACUUGUGGUUCAGGUGUAAGACGACGUAGCUGGUCUUGCUUUACACCUCAAGCGUGUGUGGAUGUAGAAGAUGAAGAAGAAGCAUGUGACAAUGACCCUUGUGACAAUUGGUCCCAGUGGUCUAGCGGAGCCUGUAGUGCACGAUGCGGGGAAGGCGUAAGACGAACAAGUCGUCGUUGUCUUGAUGACGUCGGAAUAAUUCCAGUAGUUUGUAAUGAACGUAACGAAACUUGCAACGCGGGAGAAUGCGAUCAAGACGUGGAUUUCCUGUUUCUGGUCGACUCAUCGGACAAAGUGGAUGGAUGUCCGGCUCUUUUACGUACUGGGUUAACUAAACCUGUAACACCACAGUUCCAAAGCAACGAAAGCACGCCCGUGUAUACGAAAAUGAAAGAAUUUAUGUCAUCAUUGGUGACUGAUUGGCGAACGGUAGAAGACUCGAAGUCCCAUGUUGCUGUUCAGCUGUUUAGCGAAGCGUGUAGCCUUUCUUCAGAUUACAAUUUGAACUUGGUGAAGAAGAUAAGCGACAACAACGAUAACGUCACUAGCUAUAUUGAUUCCAUCAACUACUUAUGUGGUGAUCCGUGGUUAGACUGGGCAUUACGAUGCACGCAACGUAAGGUCCUUACGUCAUCAUACGGCGACAGAUCUAACGUCCCGAACGUGAUGAUUGCAUUAGUGAGCGCCAUUCCACGAGCUUACCGCCCAUCAAAUUUUCUCCUUUCGACUCUGUCGUCCAGUAUAAAGCGAAGAGGUGUCACCAUCAUCACCGUAACUGUAACCCCAAACUCGCGCAUGAGCGCCCUCUCGCGACAGAAACACGUUGAAAUGAUGCGAACGCUUGCAUGCCAAUCCACCAGCGGAGCAUGCCCGAACUAUAUUGGUUCAAUAUGGGACGGUGGAUCCCCGGCACAGAGAAUACGGGAUGCACUCCGAGCAGCGAACCCGUAACAACACUUUUUCAUAUUGCGUUUUAAAUCCUGUUUCUAGCAUAUACUUUAGCGCAUACGCCUUUACCACUUUACCCGUUAUAUGUGUAGUAGCAUGGCGCAUGGGGGAAGACGGAACACCUUUAUCACAUAUCGUGUUUUAACAACGGUCUUUGGGAGUCGUGAAAAUACGGGUUCAGAAUCCUCGGACUGUUCUUGGUUACUACCAUAUAGAAUGAUGUCCGUCUUCCCCACCCUACUAAAUAUAUACACACAUACUUCGUAAUAUCUCGUGGCAAAAUAUCAGCAUUGUGCCCACGAUGAGGGGAAUUUGUAAAAUGUGAAUUAUUCACAGUAUAACAAUCAAUGUAUUUUCCGCGCAAUAACACGAAGCAAGGUUGAGUAA